UCCCUCCUGACCAUCAUGAGCUACGACCGCUACGUGUCCAUCUGCAAACCCCUGCACUACGGGACCCUCCUGGGCAGCAGAGCUUGUGCCCACAUGGCAGCAGCUGCCUGGGCCAGUGCCUUUCUCAAUGCUCUGCUGCACACAGCCAAUACAUUUUCCCUGCCCCUGUGCCAUGGCAAUGCCCUGGGCCAGUUCUUCUGUGAAAUCCCACAGAUCCUCAAACUCUCCUGCUCACACUCCUACCUCAGGGAACUUGGGCUCAUUGCUGUUGGUGUCUGUUUAGGACUUGGCUGUUUUGUGUUCAUUGUUUUCUCCUAUGUGCAGAUCUUCAGGGCUGUGCUGAGGAUCCCCUCUGAGCAGGGACGGCACAAAGCCUUUUCCACCUGCCUCCCUCACCUGGCUGUGGUGUCUCUGUUUAUCACCACUGCCACAUUUAGCUACCUGAAGCCCCCCUCCAUCUCCUCCCCAUCCCUGGAUCUGGCCCUGUCAGUUCUGUACUCAGUGGUGCCUCCAGCCCUGAACCCCCUCAUCUACAGCCUGAGGAACCAGGAGCUCAAGGAUGCCCUGAGGAAACUGAUGAUUGGAUCAAUUCAGAAAUAA